AUGAGUUUUGACCUUGGACCACUUUCUUUGAGGUUGAAAGCUUAUUCAGUCUCCAGUAACAAACGGCUUGUGGCCUUAGUACCAAAUGAGACACCAUUCAAUACCAGACGAGCCUACACAAGUGAAGAUGAAGCCUGGAAAUCGUACCUGGAAAAUCCCCUAACAGCAGCUACCAAGGCUAUGAUGAGCAUAAAUGGAGAUGAGGACAGUGCUGCUGCUCUCGGCCUAUUGUAUGAUUACUAUAAAGUUCCCAGAGAUAAAAGGCUGUUGUCUGUUAACAAAGUGAGUGACAGUCAAGAAGACCAAGAUAAAAGAAAUUGUCUUGGUACUAAUGAAGCUCAGAGUAAUUUGAGUGGAGGAGAGAACAGAGUUCAAGUCCUGAAGACAGUACCAGUUAAUCUCUCCUUAAACCAAGAACAUCUGGAGUCUUCCAAAAGGGAGUACAGCACAAAUGUAUCUGGGAGCCCAACGCCAAUCUCAGUGACUGGAGUUACUGUGGUAAAGGCAGAAGAGUUCACACCAGUUUUUAUGGCCCCGCAAGUGCAUUAUGUUAGGGGUGAAAAUGAGGAGCACCGGGGGGUUAUCUUUGAACAGACUCAGUAUGAAGUGCCCAACAUUGCCCCCCAUACAAACUAUCUCAAAGAUGACCAGCGUAGUACUCCUGAUAGUACUUACAGUGACACUUUCAAAGAUGGGGGAACAGAAAAGUACCGCAGUGCAUCAGUAGGGGCUGAGGAAUACAUUUACGAACAAACAGCAAGCAGCACUUUUCAGUAUACUCUAGAAGCUACCAAAUCUCUGCGUCAAAAGCAAGGGGAAGGACCGAUGACCUAUUUGAACAAAGGACAGUUUUAUGCCAUUACUCUGAGCGAGACGGGUGACAACAAGUGUUUCCGACAUCCCAUCAGCAAAGUCAGGAGUGUGGUCAUGGUUGUAUUCAGUGAAGAUAAAAACCGAGAGGAACAGCUGAAGUAUUGGAAAUACUGGCAUUCUCGGCAACACACAGCUAAACAGAGGGUCCUUGACAUCGCUGACUACAAGGAGAGCUUUAACACCAUUGGGAAUAUUGAAGAAAUUGCAUACAAUGCUGUGUCCUUUACUUGGGACGUCAAUGACGAAGCCAAGAUUUUCAUCACGGUGAAUUGCCUGAGCACGGAUUUCUCCUCACAAAAAGGAGUGAAGGGGCUUCCUUUGAUGAUUCAGAUAGACACAUACAGCUACAAUAAUCGCAGCAAUAAACCCAUCCACCGGGCCUACUGCCAGAUCAAGGUCUUCUGUGACAAAGGAGCAGAAAGGAAAAUCCGUGAUGAAGAGAGGAAGCAGAACAGGAAGAAAGGGAAAGGCCAAGCAUCACAAGCCUCAUGCAAUAACUCAGCUGAAGGGAAAUUGUCUGCUCUCCCUCUGCAAAAAAAGAGUGACAUCACCUACUUCAAAACAAUGACUGACCUGGAUUCUCAGCCAGUUCUCUUCAUACCAGAUAUUCACUUUGGAAACCUACAAAGGACUGGACAGGUUUGCUAUAACAUAGACGACGAGAGAGAAGGUAGCAGCAUCCUGGUUAAAAGGAUGUUCCGGCCUGUGGAGGAGGAGUUUGGCCCGUCGCCUUUGAAACAAAUGAAAGAAGAAGGACUGAAAAGAGUGCUUCUGUAUGUGAGGAAAGAGACUGAUGAAGUGUUUGAUGCUUUGAUGCUAAAGUCACCCACAGUGAAGGGGCUAAUGGAAGCGAUAUCUGAGAAAUAUGGGCUUCCAGUAGAAAAGAUUGCAAAACUUUACAAGAAAAGCAAAAAGGGAAUCUUGGUAAACAUGGAUGAUAACAUCAUUGAGCACUACUCCAACGAGGACACUUUCAUCCUGAACAUGGAGAGCACCGUGGAAGGCUUCAAGAUCAUGCUGACUGAGAUCUAG